GUUGUGAACUGGAGUAGCAGGAGGAGAGAAACCUGCGGAAAACCGUUACACGGGAGAGGUGCUUUUCUUUCUGCACGGCUAACGUUAGCAGCUUUAACGUAACAUUAAGGCGUGUGCCGGUGCAACCGCAAGGCGACCAUGAGCGUUUUGGGACGGACACCGAGGCGACAUCAGCGCCUUUAAAACGCUUUUCAUGUUUCAGGCGAAUCGUCGGGAACGCUCGAGCCAGUUGGGCGCAUCAGCGCGUUUUUUGCGGCCGCUCGCGUCAGAUUGACAUCCAUUAUUUGAAGCGGCACGGCGGAUGCUGCGACCUGAAUCCCGUAACAACCGUUUUUCCUGACAUCAUCCCACCAUCCUCCUCAUCCUCCUCCUCAUCCUCCGCCGUGAACAGACAUCUUAAAACGAGCGGUGGUCGUCGACGGGAAUCCGGACGAUUUACAGGGAUCCGGGUGUAAAUCAUCAGAUUCUGAUAUCUGAUCGAUAUUUUCCCUAACACCUGAAGCAUCGGACUCAUCGCGUGAUUGUGUGUUAAAUCGGAGCAGAAUGGCUGACGACGACGUGCUGUUUGAGGAUGUGUACGAGCUCUGUGAGGUGAUCGGAAAAGGGCCGUUCAGUGUGGUGCGAAGAUGCAUCAACAGAGACACAGGACAGCAGUUCGCUGUCAAGAUCGUAGAUGUAGCCAGCUUCACUUCCAGCCCCGGACUGAGUACAGAGGAUCUGAAACGUGAGGCGAGUAUCUGUCACAUGCUGAAACAUCCUCACAUUGUGGAGCUGCUGGAGACCUAUAGCUCUGAUGGGAUGUUAUACAUGGUCUUUGAGUUUAUGGAUGGUGCAGAUCUGUGUUUUGAGAUCGUGAAGAGAGCUGACGCUGGGUUUGUCUACAGUGAAGCUGUUGCCAGUCACUACAUGCGACAAAUACUUGAAGCUCUACGCUAUUGCCAUGACAACAAUGUCAUUCACAGAGAUGUCAAGCCUCACUGUGUUCUGCUGGCAUCUAAAGAAAACUCUGCUCCUGUUAAACUGGGUGGUUUCGGUGUGGCCAUACAGCUGGGAGAGUCUGGACUGGUGGCUGGAGGUCGUGUAGGGACGCCACACUUCAUGGCUCCAGAGGUGGUGAAGCGGGAACCUUAUGGGAAGCCGGUUGAUGUUUGGGGUUGCGGUGUGAUUCUCUUCAUCUUGUUAAGCGGCUGUUUGCCGUUUUAUGGGACCAAGGAGCGUUUAUUUGAAGCCAUUGUAAAAGGCAAAUACAAGAUGAACCCACGGCAAUGGAGUCAAAUAUCUGAGAGCGCUAAAGAUCUGGUGCGCCGAAUGUUAAUGCUGGACCCUGCUGAAAGGAUCACUGUCUAUGAAGCUCUUAACCAUCCCUGGCUCAAGGAGAGAGAUCGUUACUCUUAUAAGAUCCACCUGCCAGAGACAGUAGAACAGCUGAGGAAGUUUAAUGCUCGGAGGAAGCUGAAGGGGGCUGUGCUCGCUGCCGUCUCAAGCCACAAGUUUAACUCCUUCUACGGUGAUCCCCCUGAAGACCUUCAUGACUUCUCUGAAGACCCCACAUCUUCAGGAUUGCUUGCUGCAGAAAGGGCUGUGUCUCAAGUACUGGACAGUCUAGAGGAAAUUCACGCUCUGACUGACUGCAGUGAGAAAGAUCUGGACUUCCUGCACAGCGUCUUCCAAGACCAACAUCUGCACACACUGCUAGAUCUGUAUGAUAAAAUCAACACCAGAUCAUCACCUCAGAUCAGAAAUCCCCCCAGUGAUGCCGUCCAGAGAGCUAAAGAGGUAUUGGAGACCAUCUCGUGUUACCCGGAGAACAUGGAGGCUAAAGAACUCAAGAGGAUUCUCACACAGCCUCAUUUCAUGGCUUUACUGCAGACACACGAUGUGGUGGCUCACGAGGUUUACAGCGACGAUGCUUUGAGAGUGACUCCUCCUCCGACUUCACCGUACCUGAACGGAGACUCGCCCGAGAGCGUCAACGGAGACAUGGACCUGGAGAACGUCACGCGCGUUCGGCUCGUCCAGUUCCAGAAGAACACGGAUGAACCCAUGGGCAUUACUCUGAAGAUGAAUGAUUUAAAUCACUGUAUCGUGGCUAGAAUAAUGCACGGAGGAAUGAUCCAUAGACAAGGUACGCUUCACGUCGGCGAUGAGAUCCGUGAGAUUAACGGCAUCAGUGUGGCCAAUCAGACUGUAGAACAGCUGCAGAAGAUGCUGAGAGAGAUGAGAGGCAGUAUUACAUUCAAGAUUGUACCCAGCUACCGCAGUCAGUCUUUGUCCUGUGAUAAGGAGUCACCGGAUCUCUCCAGACAAUCUCCUGCUAAUGGACACUCCAGUGUCACCAGUUCCAUCUUAGAUUUGCCAUCAACUAUUCAACCCAAAGGACGACAGAUCUCCAGCACAGCAGUCAAGGAUAAAAUCUUUCAGAAGAUAUACGUACGAGCGCAGUUUGAGUACGAGCCCGCUAAAGACGACCUCAUUCCCUGUAAAGAGGCGGGGAUUCGCUUUCGAGUGGGUGACAUCAUUCAGAUCAUCAGUAAGGACGAUCACAACUGGUGGCAGGGUAAACUGGAGAACACGAAGAACGGCACGGCGGGUUUGAUCCCCUCACCUGAGCUACAGGAGUGGCGCGUUGCGUGUAUAGCGAUGGAGAAAACUAAACAGGAGCAGCAGGCCAGCUGUACGUGGUUUGGCAAAAAGAAGAAACAGUACAAGGACAAAUAUUUAGCCAAACACAACGCAGCCUUUGACCAACUAGAUCUGGUCACAUACGAGGAGGUGGUGAAGUUACCUGCGUUCAAGAGGAAAACUCUAGUGCUGCUGGGUGCUCACGGGGUCGGCAGGAGACACAUCAAGAACACGCUGAUCGCAAAACAUCCGGACAGAUUUGCGUAUCCUAUUCCACACACGACCAGACCGCCCAAGAAGGACGAGGAGAACGGGAAGAACUAUUACUUUGUGACGCACGAGCAGAUGAUGCAGGACAUCUCUAAUAACGAUUAUCUGGAGUACGGCAGCCACGAGGACGCCAUGUACGGCACGCGCCUCGAGACCAUCCGCAAGAUCCACGAGCAGGGUAUGAUCGCCAUCCUGGACGUGGAGCCUCAGGCGUUGAAGGUGUUGCGGACGGCCGAAUUCGCGCCGCACGUGGUGUUCAUCGCCGCACCAACUAUCACACCUGCUAUGAAUGAGGAUGAGUCUCUCCAGCGGCUGCAGAAAGAGUCGGAGGGGCUUCAGCGUUCCUACACGCAUUAUUUUGAUCAGACCAUUAUCAAUAAUGAGAUCGAUGACACCAUCCGCCUGCUGGAGGAGGCCAUCGACGUGGUGUCCAGCACCGCUCAGUGGGUCCCCGUGUCCUGGGUGUAUUAGCGGAUGUGCCGCCCCGUAAUCGCUCCUCGUUAACCUGCGCGUCUGCGCAGACUGACCCGCAGCUGGAACUAUCGUUACGCAGUGCUGUAUAUAUCUAUACAUAUAUAAAUAUCUAUAAAUAUGAAUAUUUAAGUCAUAGAUAUGUCCUGUACUCACACCGAGGGGGGGUCGAUGACCUUUUAUACUGUUUUCUUUUUAAACGUACGAGACGGCGUCUCAAAGCAAUGACGAGCACAGUGAUGAGACUCCCCAUUCGGUCUAAACUGAGUCUGUGGGCGUGGUUACGGUGACACGCCCACCAGCAGUCGAUAAAAGCACAGCUGAUCAUGCCACAGUCCCAAUCCCUCCCACCGUUUGCACGGACCGCGAGAGACGGCUCUGUUUACAGGUUUGCACAAAGAGCUGCAGAGAGGCCGAAGCAGAUGUGCUCGUCACCGGCAGAUAAAAAUAAUCCCGCACGAGAUAAGCAAGGAAAUAACGGACAUGUGUCGCACUAUGGGUCAACCUCUGAAUGGACCACUUUUACUUCUUACCCUGUAUAGUGAUGUGUUUGUAAAUUGUCCUGGGUUUGAUUUCUUGUGCAGAAUGAGGAUGAUGAUGAUAGUCAUUCUUAGAUCGAUCGUUUCAGAAAAUGUGCUGUCUUAAGAGUCUUACUGUUUUACUCUGGAAAACCGAGGGGGUUUUAUUGUGUGUAAAUGUUUCAAUGGUGCAUACAUUUUGCGAUUGAAAUGAAGUUGUGUGCGUGCGCGUGUGUGUGUGUGUGUGUGUGUGUGUGUGUGUGUGUGUGUGUGCGUGUUUGUGUGUGCAUAAACACAAUUGAACAGACUGUGUGAAGUCUUCAAUUCAUAUUACCCUGUGUAAAUUCCCUCCUCGAAUGACAAAACUGUUUUUUUUAUCUAUUUCCUUUAAUGUGUUGAGAAAGUAAAUUGCUUUUGAAACCAUACAUGUUGCUUUAUGUGAGUAAAUAUGAAGGUGGUGAUGGGGGGCUUUUAAAAUGCAGUUUGUGUCCUCCGUUAGGUGGCGCUGUGUCUGUCGGAUCCGAUUUAAGAUACAAGAUCGUCACAUUUAUUGAUAUGAAGGCAAAAAAUCUGUCACGCUUGGUAUGACUAACAGGAUUACAUUUUGAGCAGUGUGUAUACAUCAAACACCUCAUUGUCACGUGGCUCAUAAAGCAAGGUUGGGCUUUUUUAAAAGGCCAUAUAGUAAAUAUUUUGAGAGCUUCGCUGAUUCUCCCUUUAGCAGACCAAAUGUUUCUACAUUAAGUGUGUUUGUCACGUGAUGAUUUAUUAAUUAACAAAACACACAAGUAUUUCAAGGGGAGGUUGUUAAUAGGGCCGCACGAUGUAUCGGGGAAAUGAUCUUUGCUGUGCUAACAGUAUGCAAGAUAUCUUGGAGAGUUGCGAUAGCUGUCUAUCGCUUGUGUGUUGCAUGCUUAGAUUGACCAAAUUAAACCAAUCAGAAGAGACCUUACUAAAUACCCGCCAAGUAGGUCUUAUACUGUUAUACUAUUGGCUAGACCACAGGCAUAGAUGAUAGCAUAGAUGAAC